ACGGCGUAGUCACGGCGUGUCAUGGUUGGCGUUCCAGUUUAAGUUGUGCCGCGACGCAGCGUGGAACUGCACGGUUCACUGUCGAUUCCGCGUCGUUCGCCGUGAAUCGCCGCGAUUCCGCACCUGCAGACGGACGCUAGUCCGAGUAUCGAGCCGAUCGAUCGGAUCAAUCGACUCGUUCGCCGCCUCGUGUCCUCGGACGCGCGAAAUUGUUACGCGAACCGGAGACACUCUGUGAAAACGCGACAAGUUGCUUGUCCGUCAACGUGGUAGCGAAGAGUCCUUUGGUGAAUCUUUGGCGUGGAAGCUUCAAAAAGCGUUGAAGAACGUUCCCAGGGCGAAGAUUUCUUGUAUCUAGAGGAUCGAUGCGCUCAAUGAAAGAGAACUAGGAAUCGGAAGGCAAGGAAACUGAUCGUGAACAAAGGGUAUACUUGAAAUCCUUCAAGCUGGGUGACGGCAAAGGGAAACAUCGCAGAGUCAGAAUGGCAGACGAGGGUCAACAGGAGCAGCACGCCCCCAAAGAGCGCAAGAUAGUUCGGCAUCUACCGUUUAUCGUGAAGAUCGUGGAAGUUAUCCUGUCUGUGUUUGCGAUUGGACUAAUAGUGGAUCCGAUGAACUCGUUCCACAAAUUACUGAUUCGGACGAGAUUCAAACUCGACGAUGCCGCGAUUAUUUACAUCUCCAUCGCUGGCUACUUGAUAAUCAACACGCUUUUCAUCAUCUGUCACUUCCUCGGAGAUCGAAUACCAAAGAGAACGUUGAUACUGUUCGCCUCGCUAGGUGCGCUUCUGCACAUCGUCGCCGGAAGCGUGAUCGUCUACAAUUGGAGAAAAAUCCAAGGUCCCUACUACAGCAACAACGAGUUCUACCCGAGUAAACAAUACAUGGACAUGUUCAUAUCGGGGGCGGUGUUCACGUUCGUGAACGCGGUGAUUUUCGUCGUGGAGGUGAUCCUGACGGUGAAGUACUCGACGAAGAGCUCGCAGUGAGGAGGGACACGCAUCAUUCGAAAGGUAGAUCGACUACGAUUAUCGGAAAUCAUUGUUCCGAGACGUCCUUGUUAUACGAACGACGUAUUAAAUCGACAGCUGCCAAGAAGCUAUGAACAAAUCGACAGUAAAAUAAUUACACGAUGUUACAUGUCGUUCGAGAGAAACGCGUAUAAAUUGUAAUUGCACUGCGGAUUUUGUGCAUUCGUGAUGGAAACGGGCUGGUGAAAUUUAACGUGUUAAGAAAAUUCAAAGAAUUUUAAUUGAAUUCGAUCUCUUUCGAUCGAAAGAGAACAUCGGUUAUCGUCUUAUUACAACGCCCAAUGUGUCUUGUUGCAAUCGAUGCAACAAAUUCGCACUAUGCAUAAAGUUUCGCAGUUUGAUUAUAAUAAUUUGAUUAUAACAAAGAAUAUUUUAAUAUAUCUCGAAUUAUAAAGUUCACGAGUGGCGCGUUAGUCAGUAAUAUACAAUUAAUACAGUACGACUAGAGAGUAGAGAGAGAGAGA